AACGUUAAGUCAAUAACUAAAAUUAUUUUGAUUUCGUAUCAACAACAACUAACAAGAUGUCUCGUCCAGAACAUUUAGCUCCACCAGAAAUCUUUUAUAAUGAUGAUGAAGCUCGAAAGUAUACCCAAAAUUCUCGAAUGAUUAAUAUUCAAUUAGAAAUGGCUGAAAGGUGUAUGGAAUUGUUGAUGUUGCCCGAAGACGAACCAUGUUUGCUAUUAGAUUUAGGUUGUGGUUCUGGUCUAAGUGGCAGUGUUGCUGAAGAUUCUGGUCAUGUUUGGUUUGGAAUGGACAUUUCAGACUCCAUGUUGAGAGUAGCAAAAGAAAGAGAAGUCGAAGGUGAUUUAUUGUUAGGAGACAUUGGUGAUGGCGUUCCAUUUCAACCUGGUACAUUUGAUGGUGCAUACAGUGUAAGCACAUUACAAUGGUUAUGUAAUGCAGAUAAAUCAUCACAUAAACCUGCUAAAAGGUUAUAUACUUUGUUUUCAUCAUUAUUAGCUUGCUUGGGACGCAACGCUAGAGCAGUCUUUCAAUUUUAUCCAGAAAAUGUACAUCAAACAGAUUUGGUUGUAUCACAAGCGAGAAAAGCUGGAUUUUUUGGAGGUUUGUUGGUUGACUUUCCUGAUAGUACUAAAGCAAAGAAAUACUUUCUUGUUUUGAUGACUGGUGGUGCUAUGCCUAUGCCUGCAGCACUUGGUACAGAAAAUUCACAAAUUAAUUAUACAUCAAAAAGAGAAAAAAUGACAAAAGGGCGUGCAUCAAAAUUAGUCAAAAAAAGUAGAGAAUGGAUUUUAGAAAAAAAAGAAAGGAGAAGACGUCAAGGAAGAACUACUAGAGAAGAUACCAAGUACACAGGACGAUCAAGGAGUGGACGAUUUUAAUUUUAAUUAUACUCUAAUUUAAAUGUUGUAAAUUUCAAUAUACUCUUGUUAUUUAUUUAAGAAUAAAACUUCCAUAGUAUUAUCUUAUUA